GGGGCCGCCAUGGAUGCAGCACUGAAGGAGCUUGAUAAGCUCCAGCAACUCACCUCGUCCGAAUCGGCCGCCAAAGCGAAGUCACCGUCGAUCCAUGACUCCCUGAACUCGCUCCUCAAGUCGCUUAACGAUGCCAAGAACCAGGUGGAGGCAAGCAUCAUCCUCUCGGAGAGCUCGUCGGCCGAGCUCUCGCAGGACAGUAGGGAGGCGUUGCAGAACACGCUGACUGUGCUGCCUAAGCUUGUUGAGGGGAGGAAGAAGGACUUGGACAACAGACAGAAGGAGAUCUACAACGUACUGUCGAAGAUCGGGAAGGUCCUAGACAAGCGGUUUACGAAUCCUCUGCCAGAGUAUGACCCGUUAUUUACAUCUCCGGAGGCUCGGGCUGCACUCGAAAAGACGAUAGCUCUGCACUAUCUGCGCACGGGGCAGUUCGACAUCGCGGAAGCGGUGACAUCUGAAUCUGAUAUCAACAUUCCUCCUGGGCUUAACGCACAGUUUGUGGAUCUGUUCCGCAUUCUGACCGCAAUCAAGAGCCAUGACAUUGGUCCUGCACUCGACUGGGCGCAGAAGAACCGAUCCUUCCUUGAAGCUCGUUCAUCUCCGUUGGAAUUCCUCCUCCACCGCUCUCAAUACAUCCGCCUCCUCCUCGCUUCGCACCCUCCUGAGCCCCUCCUCGCACUCAACUACGCGCGCGCCAACUUUGGCCCCUUUCACCAGCAAUAUUUCCACGAGAUCACGCGGCUGAUGACUUGCCCCGCCUACCUCCCGCUCGCGCGCCUGCAAGCGUCGCCCUACGCCGACCUCGCCUCGCCCUCGUUGCACUUUGACCUCGAGCACGUGUUCGCGAAGGAGUACUGCGCGCGGUUGGGCAUGAGCCGGCAGGCGCCGCUGCGCGUCGUGGGCGACGUAGGCGGCGGCGGUGCACUCGCGCGGAUCGAGAAGGGCCGCAGGGUGAUGCGCGAGCGCAGGAGCGAGUGGAGCCAUACCGACGAGCUCCCGAUCGAGGUGCCCGUACCGGCCGAGAACAGGUACCACUCCAUCUUCGCGUGCCCCGUGUCGAAGGAGCAGACGACGGAGCAUAAUCCGCCGAUGAUGAUGACGUGCGGGCAUGUCAUCGCCAAGGACAGCUUGAACAAACUGAGCAAGGCCGGAGGACGGGUGAAGUGCCCGUACUGUCCGCAGGAGUCGUCACAGGACGCUGCUAUCCGCAUCCACUUCUGAUCUAUCGCCAGUCGGACGACCUCUCACAUCGUUGUACUGUAUCAUACUCUCACGUUCUUGGGAUUUGUAGCGCAGUUCUAUCUCUGUACUAUAGGCUUCCGUACGUCCAAGCUCCCAUUAUGAUGACAAGC